AUGUCCGAAGGCUCGCACUCAGAGAAGCCCGUACGUUUCUUGUAUACGUUUCAUCCACACAGACUGAUCCAAGUGGCACGCAGNAAAGCAGGCGCCGAAUCGCCAACAACAGCACGCGAGCUCGAUUUCGACGACGACCACCAAGAGAGCAGUCCCCUCAAGAGCCCUACCCCCAAGCAAGUCAGCUUCGUCGAAGUUGAGGACGAAGAUGCUCCGGCCAAGUCUACGCGCCCCUUGAGUCCCAAGUCUCAGAACGAGAAGACACUCAAGGAGGCCUUUCCCACAAUCGACUCCAAGGUCAUCAGCGCCGUUUUGAUAGCCAGUGGUGGCAAUGUCGAGCCUGCGUUCAACGCUUUGCUGGGUAUAUUACUUGCAGUCGUCUUGCAGACCACCACUAACCCUUCGAUAGCCAUGUCCGACCCUGACUUCAAGCCCGAAGAGGCUCCACCACCGCGUCCUCCGAGACCUACCCAGGCUCAGCGCCAGCUCGACGCCGAUGAGCAAUACGCCCGCCAACUAGCUCAACACUUCCAGACCGAGUCGCGCUCUCAGCGAUCCAGACGAGACGACGAUGAUCGUGGUCCUCCUCUUCCUAAUCGCCCUAGACAACAGCGUCCAGGUCUUGCAGAGGAUGACAGAGAAUACAGCUUCUUCGACGGUACACUCUUACUCUGUCCGGGACCACGUCUUGUACACCGGUGA